CACGUAACGUGUGGAUUUCAUGUACAGUAGCGUACAGACUAAAACUGUAAGAGGCAUUGAACUUUAGUCAAUAGGUCAAUGAUCACAUGUUUUUAAUUUAUAGUUAAAACACAGUUCAACGUAAAGCUGAUCGAAGUUAAACAUGGCGGGUGUCAUUGAGGAACAAAUAAAGGAAACACUUACGUGUAAAAUCUGUUUUCAAGUUUUAAAUAACCCAAAAGCGUUCCCAUGUUUGCAUACGUAUUGCUGCGGCUGUCUGGGAAAACUAAUGAUCGAGGAAUCGGAUGAAAAAACGGUGAAAUGUCCGGAAUGUAGACAAGUACAUACUGUACCUGAAAAGGGCGUUGGUGAUUUCAAGGUCAAUUUCACUACUAAAACUUUGGUGGAGAUUUUUAAUGCAGCUGCAACAGAUGAUACACCCAAGUGUAUUAGCUGCAACGUGAAUAGAGGCGUAGACAUCAAUGCAGUCACCAAAUGUCUAGAAUGUAAUAAACAUUUAUGCAAAGCAUGCAUGGGUAGUCAUAAUGAAUUUGUACAAGGACAUACAACCGUUGACCUUACCGGGGAUAAAUCUCACGAUAUGCAACGAGCACUCAAGACCGUCAAAGAUCGUACAAUUCACUGCCCUAAGCACAAUAUACCUUUACAAAUAUAUUGUAAAGUUGAUAGAUGUGUCGUAUGUGCUUCAUGUUACGCCAUCUCUCAUUCAGGUCACGAGUGUGUUGACAUACGAGAGGUAGCAGAAGAAAAUGUUCAACAAAUUCAAAAGCUAUUGAAGUAUGGUGACGACUUGGUUGAACAUUAUGAAACGGCCAUACAUGACACCCAUAAAACCAAACACAAAAUGGAGACAGAGAUGAAUGACGCUGUACGUGAACUGACUAAUGAUAUGAAUGCGGCAAUUCAACACAUUCGUGAUACAUACACCCAAAAUAUGAAAAGCGUUACAGAGAAGAGAGACGCAUCUACCAAGCAGACAAUAGCCCACUUGGGGCAUCUGGAGCUCCAGAAGACCCUUGUUCAAAGUACACUGAGCCAGCUAUCCACUGUAAAGGACUACGGUCAUUGCGUAGAACUUGCUAACAUGACGAUAGAAAUUAAUUCAAAACUCAAGCAAUGGAAAAACGUGCCAACGCUUGACUUUAAUUCAAAUUUUGAAAUGGUUUUCUACAAGGGUAAGCUGUACAAUGAUAGAAUAGUGUUCGCCACUGUAGAUGAAGGACCUGCAAAAGGCAGUAGUAAAGAUACCAAAACACAUGGAAACCAGGAAAACGGUGGCAGCAUAAGUUAUGCAUCAAUAACAUCUACCGGUGGUGUUGCACGUUUAAAAACUACUCGCGAUCGCGCACACGGACAUGCCACAUCGCCACCAGGUACGUGUGUGCAAUGUGAGGAUGAAACACCGGGGCAGAUACAGAUGGACUGUAAACAUUGGUAUUGUUUCUCGUGUAAGGACUAUUUGGCGAAAGAUCCAACAGUGAGCAACUGCUUUAAGUGUACUCAAAGUCCAAAGAGAAGCCCGUCAGUUGACGACAUCAAGGAAGAAGACAAGUGUAUUAUUUGUUUAGGGAGGAUGAUUAAACCUAAAAAGCUGGAUAAGUGCGGUCAUUCAUUCUGCACCAGUUGUAUCGACAAGUGGUUGAAGGAAGCAAGGCCACAAUGUCCAGUGUGUGGUGUCUCAUAUGGUAAAUGUACGGGGAAUCAGCCAAAAGGUGGAAAAAUGACUACGUUUAGAUUUAAAUCCAGUUCACUUCCUGGAUACGGAGCAUAUGGCUACAUUGAAAUAACAUACGACAUACCCGCUGGAAUACAAGAGGAAAUCCAUCCAUCCCCUGGAAAAAGAUAUCGUAGUGUCCACUGGACGGCUUAUCUGCCAGAUAACAAAGAAGGGAAUGAGAUCCUUGGCUUGUUGAGGAAAGCCUUUGUUGCGCGAUUGAUUUUCACUAUUGGUCAAUCAAGAACACGUGGUACUGAAGAUGUGGUCACGUGGAAUGAUAUCCACCACAAAACAAAAAUCGCUGGAGGACCAUUUGGUUAUCCUGAUCCAGGCUACCUUAGAAGGGUGCGAGAAGAGCUGGCAGACAAAGGCAUUAAGUAA